CCUGUGUGUGUUAGCGCGACGCGACGCGACGCGACGAGCUGUGCCGUUACUUGGCGCUGCUGGAAGUGCGCCGUCGUGAGUCUCCGCGAGAGAGAGAGAUCGGACGUUGUCCUGGUGCGUUCUGACUGUGGUGAUUUGCGUUGCUAGUGCGUGCGUGCGUGCGUGCGUGCGUGCGUGUAUGCGUGCCGCCGUCCGCGAGAGCAGGCCGUUACCAAGCGGGGUGUCUUCUCGCGGCCGCGCGCCGGCUCGUCGUCGUCGUCGCCGUCGUCGGCCUCGCUCGGUGACUCUCGCUCCGCUGCCGAGGCGAUGACGCUGGUGUGAUGGUAACGACGACGACGACGAUCACGCUGCUGGAUGCGGAAGGCUGCACCGAGUGCUGCUGGUGGCUGUGAGGCGCGGGACAGUGUCCGCCCAAUCACCGGCUGCUGAGUUCUACUCCGGAUUACUCGGACGUUCUACCGUAGAAGAGGAGGAGCAGGCCAGACCGCUGACGACGAGGCGCUCGUGCACACAGGCCGCGCAGCGAGCCGCGUCCAGGAGGAGAAGUGUGAGAAGCUGAGAUGCUCCUCCGAGACGUCGUUACAGCGAAAAGGUCUCUCGUCUCGGAAGCGGUCGAGAUUUGCGCGAGUCGAAAUUUCCGCGUCGUUCACGAAGAGCCGGGCAGCAGCCUCGGCGGGAUUCUCUGAAGCUUCCUCGCGAGGACGGACAGUCGCGCUCUACCGAGUGAGCAGGAAACAAAGGGCGAGAGAGGGAGAGACGGAGGUGGAGAGACAGAAAGAGAGAAGAAACGCGUAUGCGUCGCGGAGUGUCGAGUGGCUGGUGGUGGAACCGUGGUGCUGGGAGAAUGUCGAUCGGACGACAACAGGGUCGCCGGAACGAGAGGCAGUCGAGUGGAAACGGUGGUGGUGCGGCGGCCGGCAGCGGAAUUAGGAUCGUGAGGUGCCAGCUGGCGGACUAAUGCGGUCCCGCGAUGAUCCGCAAGGACGAGACGGUGGUGGGCCCCAGGUGGAACUAUGUAAGAGGCGCAGCGCGCGGGAGAGACGAGGUCGUCUCGCCGCCGGCGCGGCUCAGGUGCCACGUGGCAGAAGAGGUUGGCCUUAUAGAGGGUUUAUAGUUUGCGUAGGAUAGACGAUGAGCGUCGAGGUCGACACGCUGGAACUCGAGGUCUUCGAGGUGAAGGACUGCGACGAGGCCGCCGCCGAGUCAGGGGAUGCCGCGCGUCGUGGCGUCACGACCACGAGCACACCGACGACUGCGACGGUGACCACGACGACGACGUGUGCGUUGAGGAGCAGCGAGGAUGGCCGCAGAUGCUCGAACCAAGAAGCCGAGGACGACGACGACGGUGGUGGCGGCGGCGGCGACGGCGGCGGCGGUGGCGGCGGCGGCGGUGGUAGCAGCUGCGGAAACGGCGGUAGCCGCAGGAAGCGGAAGAAGCGGCGGAAAACGCGUAGCAGGCAGUUACAGCUGCAGCAGCCGCAGCUGGAGGUGACGGCCGGCGGGGGUGGUCAGCAGCGGUCGCACGCGGUGCUGACCCUUGCUUCGUCGUCCGACGAAGUCGAGGCAGUGGGCGAGUGCUCCAAAAGAGACUCGUCAAGCAGCCUAGGCGGCGGUAGUCGUCACAAUACCCUGCGCGAGUCCCUGCUCACGGUGUUGGGCAAGCUGGUGAUCUGGAAGGGCACCAGGUAUCGCUCCGCUACCGCCGCCUCGUCCUCCUCGUCGGUGCCGCCGAAUUCGCCGCCCCCCACUGAGUGCAUCGGUCGUAGCACGUCCUUCUUCUCCAGCGAAACAGAGAGGCGGAUUCGCGCCAACAAUCGGGAGUACAACUCACAGUUUAAUUAUGCGAAUAAUUAUAUCAAGACGUCCAAGUAUUCGGUUCUGACGUUCCUACCGUUAAAUUUGUUCGAGCAAUUUCAGCGGCUCGCCAACUUUUACUUCCUAUGCCUGUUGGUGCUUCAGAUGAUCCCCGCCAUAUCCUCCUUAACCCCUAUCACCACAGCAAUACCGCUUAUAGGGGUACUCACGCUCACUGCCGUCAAAGAUGCCUAUGACGACUUUCAACGGCAUAGCAGCGAUUCUCAAGUAAACAAUAGGAAGUCCCGAACACUGCGGGGUACUAAUCUUCGUGAGGAGAAAUGGUCGCAGGUCCAGGUGGGCGACGUAAUCAGAAUGGAGAACGACCAGUUUGUCGCUGCGGACGUUCUCCUUCUGACAACGAGCGAACCGAACGGUCUCUGUUACAUCGAAACGGCAGAAUUGGACGGAGAAACAAAUCUGAAGUGUCGCCAGUGUCUGCCAGAAACUGCCGAGAUGAUGGAUAAUCACGAGUUGAUCGGCCAGUUCGACGGCGAGAUCGUUUGCGAAACCCCUAAUAAUUUGUUGAACAAAUUCGAUGGAACGCUCACGUGGAAGGGACGAAAGUACGCAUUGGAUAACGACAAGAUUAUUUUACGGGGUUGCGUGCUCAGGAACACGCAAUGGUGCUAUGGCAUGGUGAUCUUUGCGGGCAAGGAUACCAAACUGAUGCAAAACUCAGGGAAGACCAAAUUUAAGAGGACCUCUAUAGAUAGGCUGCUGAAUCUCCUCAUCAUCGGGAUAGUGUUUUUUUUACUUUCUCUGUGUUUGUUCUGUAUGAUCGGCUGUGGUAUUUGGGAGAGCCUUUUGGGCCGUUAUUUCCAAGUGUACUUGCCGUGGGACUCGUUAGUGCCGAGCGAGCCCAUCGCCGGUGCAACAGUGAUCGCCCUGCUCGUGUUCUUCUCGUACUCUAUCGUGCUGAACACAGUGGUGCCAAUCAGUUUGUACGUGAGUGUCGAGGUAAUCCGGUUCGUUCAGUCGUUUUUGAUAAAUUGGGAUGAGGAGAUGUACUACGCGCCCACGAAUACGCACGCUAAAGCUAGGACUACUACGUUAAACGAGGAGUUGGGCCAAAUAGAGUACAUAUUUUCCGACAAGACCGGGACAUUGACGCAGAACAUAAUGACUUUUAACAAGUGUUCUGUGGCAGGCAAGUGUUACGGCGACGUCAUCGACGAGGUCACCGGCGAAGUCAUCGAUUUGAGCGAGACGGACAGAGCCAUUCGAACGCCGACGAUGCGGUGGAGAAGUGGACAGGAAUUCGUACGUCCAGUUUAUACACCACUAAGUGGUCCAAAUGUACGUCUUCUGGAACAAGCAGACAGAGUAUCCAACACUACGCCGGAGCCUGGCAUCAACGGCAGCCCAAAGAUUCCACACAAGCCUUCAACAAUGCCACCUCUGGAUUUCUCGUUUAACAAGGAUUACGAGCCAGACUUCAAGUUCUACGACCCUGCGCUGCUCGAGGCUGUAAAACGAGAGAAUCAGGACGUCCACAGUUUUUUCAGACUAUUGGCUCUCUGUCACACUGUUAUGCCAGAAGAGAAAAAUGGCAAGAUCGAAUAUCAAGCACAGUCGCCGGACGAGGCUGCCCUGGUAUCCGCCGCUAGAAACUUCGGUUUUGUUUUUAAGGAGAGAUCGCCAAAUAGUAUAACCAUCGAGGUAAUGGGGAAGAAGGAGAUUUACGAACUACUCUGCAUCCUGGACUUUAAUAAUGUACGGAAAAGAAUGUCGGUUAUCUUAAGAAAAGAUGGACACUUACGAUUGUAUUGCAAAGGCGCUGAUAACGUAAUCUACGAGCGAUUGAAAAAGGACAGCGAUGAGAUAAUGGCGAAGACACUGGACCACCUAAAUAAGUUCGCAGGUGAAGGCUUAAGAACAUUGUGCCUUUCUGUGAGGGACUUGGACGAAAGUUUUUUCAAUAACUGGAAACAACGUCAUCAGGAAGCAGCGUUAAGCCAAGAAAAUAGAGACGACAAAUUAGAUGCGAUUUACGAAGAGAUUGAGAAAGAUAUGUCGUUAUUGGGUGCUACUGCUAUCGAGGACAAGUUGCAGGAUGGUGUGCCGCAGACCAUCGCCAAUUUGGGUGUCGCUGGUAUUAAACUUUGGGUGUUAACCGGCGAUAAGCAGGAAACGGCCAUCAAUAUCGGAUACUCGUGUCAAUUGCUUACGGAUGAUCUCACGGACGUCUUCGUGGUGGACGCCACCACUUACGACGGCGUGGAAACGCAGUUAAUGCGGUAUUUGGAUACCAUUAAGACUACUUCGACCCAGCAAAACCGGCCGACACUCUCCAUCGUCACAUUCAGGUGGGACAAGGAAAGCAGCGAUACAGAGUAUAAUCCUAGCAGGGAUGAGCAGGACGAGCACGAGAUGGAGCAUUCGACGGGAUUUGCAUUGGUUAUUAAUGGACAUUCUUUAGUUCACGCGUUACAUCCGAAAUUGGAACAUCUUUUUCUCGAAGUAUCCAGCCAAUGUAAAGCUGUAAUAUGCUGUCGGGUGACGCCGCUGCAGAAGGCGAUGGUCGUCGAGUUGAUUAAGAAGAAUAAGUCCGCGGUGACUCUGGCAAUUGGCGACGGCGCCAACGAUGUCUCAAUGAUAAAAACAGCUCACAUCGGCGUUGGCAUUAGCGGGCAGGAGGGACUACAGGCUGUGUUGGCCUCAGAUUACUCGAUAGGGCAAUUUAGAUUCUUGGAAAGGUUACUUUUGGUUCACGGUAGAUGGUCGUAUUACAGAAUGAGCAAAUUCCUUAGGUAUUUUUUUUAUAAAAACUUCGCGUUCACCCUCUGCCACAUCUGGUUCGCCUUCUUUUGCGGAUUCAGCGCACAGACUGUGUUUGAUCCCAUGUAUAUCUCCGUCUACAACCUAUUUUACACGUCGUUACCAGUCUUGGCAGUCGGCAUUUUCGAUCAGGAUGUCAACGAUAAGAACAGCUUAAUGUAUCCGAAACUAUACGCGCCGGGAUUGCAGAAUUUGCUCUUCAAUAAGAAGGAAUUUUGCUGGAGCGCUCUACACGGAUUCUACGCUAGUUGUGUAUUAUUUUUAGUACCUUAUGGGACAUACAGGGAUGGAGUGUCGCCAAAGGGUUAUGUACUUUCUGAUCACAUGCUAUUUGGCAGUGUAGUAGCCACCAUAUUAGUGAUAGUCGUGACCGUUCAAAUAGCCCUCGACACGUCGUACUGGACAGUUUUUAAUCACAUCAUGGUGUGGGGCUCGCUCAUCUGGUAUUUUAUUUUAGAUUACUUCUACAACUUCGUCAUAGGAGGUAGUUACGUCGGCAGUCUCACGAUGGCUAUGUCGGAGGCGACCUUUUGGUUCACAACGGUGAUAUCCUGCAUAAUCCUCGUGAUACCGGUCUUGUCGUGGAGAUUCUUCUUCAUGGACGUCAGGCCGACACUGUCCGACAGGGUUAGACUGAAGCAAAGGUUGGCGCAGUUACGUUCCCGCCAGAGCCAGGACAUACUGCGUACACCAUCUACGAGGCGUACACGUCGUUCUCUACGCUCGGGCUACGCCUUCGCUCACCAGGAGGGCUUCGGAAGGCUCAUCACGUCCGGGAAGAUUAUGCGCAAAUUGCCAAAUGGUGCUGAUUUUAAGUUCGCUAUGCCGUUUACAAACAACGUCACGAAGCAGGUGAACGUUGCCACUACGUCACCAAAGGAUAAUAGUGCAUCUAGGAAUUCGCACACACUGGACACAAUUAAUUUGUAGCUGAAACGUUUAGCCGAUUUCUCAGCGGACACUGAAAGUGCAGGUGACUAGCGAGCUCCUCUUGAUUUACUUAGUUACGGAUGUUAGAUCGAGAUCUAACGCAAAUGUGUCGUGAAUUUGCCGGUUCCGGUGUAUCCCAUUGAAAUCGUGUUCCCCCGAUAUCACUUUUGUGGUGAUUGAGAGACGCAGGUGAUAUUGUACACAGUAUUCGAGGGUAUCUCGCGGAAGAGUCGAUAUCUGUGAUUUUACGUUAUGUUUAAUUUAUUUCCCUUUCCUUUUUCGUUCUUUUUUUCUUUCCACGCAGAAACGUUAGAGUUGUAUCUUGAAUUAUAUAAAGUGAGCGCAAAAUUUUUCGGACAAUUAGAAUCCCUGUUGUGAUCUACAACGUAUAUGCCUAUAAACGACGAUAGUGAUAAACGUUGAAGCAAAUGCAGGUAACUUUGUUAACGCGUAUGUGUCUUUAACGCAAUGGAUUCCAGUGGGAUACAUUGAGUUACACUACAAUAGAGGUAGCAUAUGCUAUUUACGUCUAUACAUACAUCACCGUUGAGCAUUUACGCAUCCGUUACAACUUACGAUUUAAAUGUUUUACGUAUUCACGUGUUCAGUCAUUUCUCAGCUAUAUUUUUGCACUUUUGCCGAGUAAUAAAUGUACGGAAUAUGCAUAUUUGAUUUAACAUUUUGGUCACACAAUGAUGAUAUUAGGCAGGUAAAUGUUAAUAUAUGUUCUAUAACCGUAUGGAAAAAUAGCUUAUGCUACGAUACACAGAUUUACGUUUUUAAUGCUUAAUAUAAAAUUCCGUGCGUGUGAGAAUGAUCUUGAAUAUCAACACACUGUGAGACGUUUGUUCGACGAGAGUCUCGAAGAAACAAACGACUAUAUUUUUUUCUUUUUUAUUUCGUGUAUUCAACAACGUUGAAAGCAAGUAUUCGAAGGGAGAAGAUUCAGCGAAAUAUAUACAUUCUCUAAUUUUAUCUACAAUUCACGUUUGUUUUCGGACAUCUGAUUGAUGAUCAGGGUUUUACAGAUUAUAGUUACUUACUUGCGCGUAUUAUCGAUGGUGUGUUAAUUUGCGAGGCGACACGCAAAAUUGCCGCGUAACUCACUAUAGGCAUUUCUCUCGUUGCAAAACUUGUUGUUUUGGAUGGAUGUUUGUUGGAUGGAUCGGGGAAAAGUAUAUACUCAGCAUUUAGUAUUUGCGAUUCUGUGGUUAAUUUUCGAUUCGUUUUACCGGAGACGUUAGUACGCGAGGAUAACGGUCAUGCAAUAACGGCGCAAAAAACAAUUCGCGUUGUCAUGCACUCCUUGUGUAUAUAUAGAAAUAUAUCGCAUAGAGGUGUCAAAAAUCUUGUAAUAUCCUAUCUUGUACUAUAUAUUAAUCUAGUGCGAACACACACAUGAUUAUUGUAAAAACGAAAAAAAAAGAACAUGUUUACACAAUAUACUAUUACGGUAUAAGAA